CAUUUCUCUUCACCUCAAAAAAAUCCUCCAACUUUCAGCAAUACAAUCUUCCUCUUCAUUCUUACUUUCAUCUUAUUUUUCAAACCCUUAUAGACAUCAUGGGUGUUCUAUCUUACGAAGCAGAGUACACUUCCACUAUCCCUCCUGCUAGGCUCUUCAAGGCCUUUGUCCUUGAUGCGGACAAUCUCAUUCCAAAGAUUGCUCCUAACGCAGUUAAAUCUGCUGAAAUCAUUGAAGGAGAUGGUGGAGCUGGUACCAUCAAGAAGAUCACCUUCGGUGAAGGCAGCCACUUCAAAUAUUUGAAGCACAAGAUUGAAGUUGUUGACAAAGAAAACUUCGUCUACGCCUACAGUUUGAUCGAAGGAGAUGCUUUGACAGACAAACUUGAGAAAAUCUCAUAUGAGAACAAGUUUAUUGCAGCUGAUGGAGGAUCCAUCAUCAAGAGUGUCAGCAAGUACCACACCAAGACCGAUGACCACGAUAUCACUGAAGACAAAAUCAAGGCAGGAAAAGAGAAGGCUGCUCAUCUCUUCAAUGUUGUUGAGAAGUACCUCCAGGAGAAUCCUGAUGCAUACAACUAGAGCAGUUUUUAUCAUAUUUCCUCUUAUAAUAUUGUUCAUUGAAGUGUGGUUUGCUGUUUGUUAUCCUUAUACCCAUUAAUAUCUUGCUUGGGAUUGUUUUCUUUCAUCAAGAAUACUGUAGUGUGAAAUUUUGUAUUUCUUUUACUAUAAUGAAAUAAAACCAUCUGAUGAGUGAUCAUCAAAGAUAUUACUUGCAAA